AUGGAUAGCAUGCCACUGGACGCGCCAAUGAAGCCAUUGGACCCCCACGCCAUCGCCGGCGACUCGCAGGCCAUUCUAGAAUUCCUCGCCGAGUACUACCGCGACGUCGACAAGUACCCGGUGAGGGCGGCGGACCUGGAGCCAGGCCGGGUCCGCAAGCUGCUCCCCGAGGCCGCGCCAGAGCACGGCGAGCCGAUGGAGCACAUACUGGAGGACGUGAGGAGGGACAUCCUGCCGGGGCUCACCCACUGGCAGAGCCCCCGCUUCUUCGCCUUCUUCCCGAUGAACGCCAGCUCCGCUGGGCUCGCGGGGGAGAUGCUGUCGGUGGGCCUCAACGUCGUGCCCUUCGUGUGGGCCGCGUCGCCGGCCGCCGCGGAGCUCGAGAGCGUCGUCGUGGACUGGAUGGCGCGGCUGUUCAGCCUGCCGCGCCGGUUCCUCUUCUCCGGCGGCGGCGGGGGCGUGCUGCAGGGGAGCACGUGCGAGGCCGUGGUGUGCACGCUCGCCGCCGCGCGGGACCGCGCGCUGGGUAGGCUCGGCGGGCACGAGGCCAUCGCCAGGCUCGUGGUCUACGCCUCCGACCAGACGCACGCCACGUUCCAGAAGGGCGCCCAGCUCGUCGGGAUCCCGUCCUCCAACUUCCGCGUCAUCAGGACGUCCGCGGCUUCCGGGUACGGCCUCACCGCGGAAGCCGUCCGCGCGGCCGUCGGACUCGGGCUGGUGCCGCUGUACCUCUGCGCCACGGUGGGCACGACGGGGCUCGGCGCCGUCGACCACGUUCGCGAGCUCGGGGAGGAGGCGCGCCGCCAUGGCAUGUGGGUGCACCUCGACGCAGCGUACGCCGGCAGCGCGGCCAUCUGCCCGGAGUUCCAGGACUACCUCGACGGCGCGGAGCUCGCCGACUCGGUGAGCAUGAACCCGCACAAGUGGUUCCUUACCAACAUGGACUGCUGCUGCCUGUGGGUGGCAAGACCCCGUGACCUAACCUCCGCGCUGUCCACCGACCCGGAGUACCUCAAGAAUGUCGGCGCGGACGACGGCGGCGCAGGAAAUCCGGCCGCCAUAGACUACAAGGACUGGCAGAUCUCCAUGUCGCGCCGGUUCCGUGCCAUCAAGCUCUGGGUCAUACUGCGGCGGUACGGUGCGGCUGGCAUGCGUGCGCACAUCCGUCGGCACGUCGCAGCAGCCAAGUGGUUCGAGCAGAGAGUGGCGGCCGACGAGCGCUUCGAGGUGGUGGUCCCGAGGAGGUUCUCCCUGGUAUGCUUCCGCCUCGCACCGCGGUUCGGCCGGGACGACGACGACGGCGACGACGCCACGAACCACGCGAACCGGGAUCUCCUCGCGGCGGUGAACGCGAGCGGGCGGGCGUUCAUGACGCACUUCGUGGUGGACGGCAAGUUCGUGAUCCGGCUAGCUGUCGGCGGUGCCUCGACGGAGCUGCAGCACGUCAUGGAGGUGUGGGACCUGCUGCAGGGCAAGGCCGCUGAGGUUCUACAGCACUAUGUGAAGCCUAACGGGCUCUAG